AUCUUAAAUACAACAGUCUACAAAGGGAAGAUGCAGGUUUCCCAGCCCAAUAAUGUUAAGAUCUACAACCUUUCUGCCGGAAAAUCAUUGCCAGAGGUAUUGAAGAAAAGCUAUUGUUAUAUUUUGUUCAUUUGGAAGCAGUUUGUGCUUGUAUUAAGAUUUUGCACGUGCUAAAGUAAGGCAUGGUCCAUCAUCUGGAGCUACGUACACUUCGUCUCUUUUCUCUUUCUGGCUGGACUUUUGAAUCAUUGUUUGAAACUUUAAAGUGUUUCUUUUCUUUUUGUUUUAGUGGCUUUCUGAACGAAAGAGGCGGACAUUGCAAAAGAAUGAUAUUAGUAAGUUUUAAAAUCAUCUGAGAAAAUUAAUGUGAACUUAAUUUAGCAAUUAAUGAAUGGGGCUGAGUAUCUUGUGAAGAAUUAUGGAGAUUGAGGAGGGUGUUACGGCCUCAACAGAUAACACCCUCCGAGGUCUCUAUAAUUCUUCAUAUGAUACGAAAGCCAAAUUCAAUAAUUGUUUUAUUAUUCAUUCAAAAUUAUUCCUAGUUUAAAAACAUAGCUAAAAAUAGGUUACCUCCAUCAAUAUUAAGCUCAUUUUCGAUAGUGCAUGUUUAGGGUUGUACAGCUCCGCAAAUGUUCUCCAAAUAGCAGAUGUCACCCUUUGAGUUUUUUCUUCUUGCUGUUCUUGCCGUGUUUUUAGCUAGUUCUUACUCUUGAAACGAGUGAAAUGUCUGCCAUUUUUGUUUUCACAACCAAAACAACUCAACCUUGUCCCCAGUUCUUCUCGGUUAAUGGUGCAUUUACCUGCAAGAAAGCUGCACUUUUGACAACAUAGGUUGAUUAAUUGCAAAAUUCUUUCAAAUUUGGUCAUCAGUAGCGGGUUAUGGUGAAUUAUGCUUGUGCUUUUAGCCAAUCAGAAUCAAGGAAAUACUUUGAAUAAAUAAUAAUAAAGCUUAAUAGUUUUCUGCACUGAGCAGCACUCAUAAAGAUAAAGGAAUGUCAUUGAACUUAGUGGAUAGGGUAAAAUUAUAAGACCUCAUUUGAAUCUUCAACUUAGCGGCAAAAUUUUCAAGUCAGGUGGUAAUUCUGCUUACCUUUGCCACUGAAAACAAUACUUUUCCUGUCGUUGUUUUUUCUUCCUCGAUUGUGAUGCUUUGGAUAAUUUUAUACUUAUACAGUGUAUUUUCAUUAUUAGAUAUCAGAAGAAGAAUUGAGCUUCUUCAAGAUUUUGAGAUGCCAAUUGCUUCUACAAAUAUCCUUGUUUCUUCAGACAAACAGUACAUUAUGGCAUCAGGUGAGGUUUAGCCAGGUUGACAUAAAUUCAAAGAUGCAAUUUCUUCCUAACUUUUUUUUCGCGAGGUCGAUUUUGCCCUGUACCCGUAUCCUCUGGACAAGAUUGCUUUUAACAGUUCCCCACCCCUGGAUCUGUACUUUAAUGUCCUGGCCCCAGUUGUUCAAAAGUUGGAUGGCAUUAUCCACCAGAUACUGUAAAUCACUAUCCAACGAAUAAGGGAAACCAAUUGCGCUUUCCACUGGAUAGUGUUAUCCACCUUUUGAACAACUGGGGCCAGGGGUUUCCCUUUAGGGAAGGCAGGGCUGUCAAAAAGUUUUUACGUAGCAGGCUGAUAAUGAAUAGUCGGCGGCUUUGGAACUAGCCCCAAGGCACAAGUGUCUUAGUGCUGAGGCAUCUAGGGACAUUUUGAAAUUUAGAGUCUAGAGAGGGGUUUUCAAGAGGUAUUUCCACCGCGGACACCGCCAGUAUGUUGUUUUGUCAGAAUACAUCGAGAAUACACUCAAGACUGGAAGCAAUGCUAUCGAAAUGUCCCAGGCAUUCCACAACAUUGCAUGGUUCAAACACUUCACAGAUCUAAACCUGCUUGAACAUGCGUUCAAUGUCAUUCAAAACUGGCAAACAGAUGCUUUACAAUUUAAUUUGUUCGAUGGUGCUUAUUUUUUUGUUAGCAGUUAUGGUAGAAGGAGAUGAAAGUAGCCAGCUAAGGGUGGCUAACUAAUGAGCAGUUUUGGCUGGCUACCGGCCCUUAUUGACAGCCCUGGGAUGGUAAUAACUACAUUCAUAACACUCAUAUUUUUUCGUUGGAGCAGAAGUCCAUAACUAAAAGUCGCUCAAAAUUCAGCUUUGAAAUUGUUUCGGAAUUUCAAAAAUAAAUUACUAUCAGGUACAAGGAGCCACCUGUUCGAAUUUUUCGGGACAAGUAAAAUGCAAUGUUUGCUAAUUGUGAAAACAAAAGCAGAUUGCCUAUUGUGCUAUUCUUUAAAAGGUACUUUUUAGUUUUAGAAACACUAUAAAUUGCUCCAAAACUUUCUCUGACGUCGAAUGACUUGUUCCUCAACAUUUUUAAAAUAUCCCUUGGCAGUUUUGGUUCAAACUCCUGCUACAUACAUUUUGACGUAUUGCAAUGGAUGCUCAAUGGCUUUUAAUUUCCUCCUCCACAUUGCUUCCAAUUCAGGAAAAAGGUAUUGGGAUUGUAAGCUACCUUGUAUCAAAGCUCUGAUAGAACUGUCCAGCACCUUUGUUUACACCUUUUGUAUGCUGAGCAGAGUUUUGCUGGUUCAAAGAAGGCAAAAGAAAUAAUGACUGGACACCAACGAGAAACAAGGAAUCAAUUGUUGUUACUGUUUAGGAAAGUCAUUUCGCUGUUUUGCCAUUUUUGUCAUAUUGCCAUUUUGUGUGUUAAACACGCCCCAUCAGGAAGGGCAGGAUAGGAUGGGAUUUGGCUGUGCUGAAGUGCAAGGAGAAUACAAAACUUCUUUUGCUUCCUCUUUCAGUGAUUUUCUUGAUUGUUCUACAUUUUGCUCUACUGCAUCUUGACCUGUGUGUGAAUGUAUACUGGUACAUUCUAAAGUGAAUCUAUUUUUUAUCUUCCCUUUUUAUAAAUGGCUAUCAACUGGACUAGCAUGUCUAAGGUGAUUGCCUUACAUUUAGUAAAAUAAUAACUCACAGCAGGCAAUCAUUGCACGCUCUCAUGAGAAUUCACUUUCAAUUUUUUCUUGAAAAAUGUCUAGGGGUUUACAAACCUCGAGUACGCUGUUAUGAAACAUCAGAGCUUUGCAUGAAGUUUGAACGAUGCUUGGAUUCUGAGAGUAAGUGUAAAUUCUUUGAUUUUUUGCUUUAUUAAAAAAAUGUGUACAUUUACAUUGCCAAAGAAGUUCAAAUUAUACUUAUUGUUGUUCUGAUCCAUUAAUUUGAUUAAUGAAAUUUUUUUGUUCUUUCUUUUCCCAGUAGUGAAAUUCCGUAUACUGUCUGAGGACUAUUCAAAGGUGAUUAUCGUACAUGUUAGUGACAGGUCAAAAUUAAAUUCAGGUUAACAUUAAUUUUUUAACCUAUUAUAGUAAGUUGAUUCUCUAUUUCCUUUGUUUCUUAUCCCUAUAAUUAUUCAUGAAUUAGGGCUAGGAGACAAAGAAAAUUGAGAAUCAACUUAGGUCAAAAAAUUAACCUGAAUAUAAUUUUGACCUGUAACACAUACAGGCUUUAUAAUUUUUUUGUUUAUUAAUUAAGCAAGGUAAACAAAAUGAUAAUAUCAGCACUAGUAAAGAAUUGUAGGAAGUGCACAAAUUUCUGUGUUGUGCAGAACAACCGCAUUAAUAUCCUGCCUGAAUGAUAGAGAAUAAUAAUUACUUCAACUUUAUUUACUAAUACUUUAACCUGUGUUACUUUUCAUUACUUUGCAGAUGGUGUUUCUAACCUGUGACCGAUGUGUGGAAUUUCAUGCACAGGUAUGUUUAACAUACAGGGCUCAAGAAAAAAAUAAGAAAGAAAGAAAAAAACUUGACUUUCUGUUUGUCUUGUAAAUUAACUCUGGGCAAGUACAUGUGGCUCUCAUAUUAUCGCUUGUUGCCUGGGAGCCAUUCCUUGUUUAUAAUUUUGUUUGAGGAUGAUGUGCCUGAACCCUUGCUCAGCUCUGUUUUCCUGUUGGAAACUUUUCUGGGCCCAGCAAGAAAAUCUGCUCAUCCUGGACUGCUACCAGAUGGGACUUUUUUCAUGUCCUUGUAUAUUAUCGUUAAAAUUUUAGAAGACUUAAAAGUAUCCAUAAUAAUAUAUAUUGUUCCCCAUUUUUUAGUUUACUAGUAUACUGAUCACUGUAUUUAUGUCAAACAAACAAUUUUUAUGCUUUUCUAGAUAACAGUAAAUAAUAUACAUCAUGUACACUGUACUUUUCGCACUGAUUGAUUAUACCUUUUAGUAUGGACGGUAUUAUCGCACCAGAAUUCCCAAGUUUGGACGUGAUCUUGUUUAUCAUUACCCUUCAUGUGAUCUUUAUUUAGUUGGAGCAAGGUAAAUUUUAAAUAAGUAUUCUUCUGAUGAUUUUUACUACUUUGAGAUAAUACAGAAUUCCCUCCUGGGGCCCGUUUCUUGAAAUGCCAGGAAACCUUUUUGGGCCUGAAGGCAAAUUUUAAAUUCCACACCUGUGGAAUAUCAGCACAGUUCCUUGUCCAUAAGCCACUCAAUUUUGCUUUGUUAACUGAUAGUUUCAUUUUAUUAACUUUCAAAAUUAUUGAAACUUUGAUCUUGAAUGUAAUUGCGGCAAACACAGAACAUCUCUCUGGGCCCAAAAAGUUACUGGGACUGUCGAGAAACAGGCCCCUGAAGAGAAUCAGACAGGUAAAUUUUUUUUAGAUCGGCUAAUAGUUUUUUAUUCAUUUAUUUCACACUGAUCGAGGGCUCUCAUUAAGAGCUGGGGGCCGGGGAUUUUCCCUGGCUACUAUGAAUGUGGUCUCCGGCUUUCAUUGAAAAAUAGAAGAAAAAUACAACCAAAAGAGGUCCCUAGCUGUUUGAUUCCCCACCUUCUUGUUGUAUUUACUGGGCAACUUGAAAUCUUAGUGACAACCCUGCUGAUCCUUAAUUGAAAACAGUGUUCACUGUCUUUACCUCAGGUUUGUUGAUUGCAUUAUUGCAUUUGAUUGGUUUAUAACUCUGGCUUAUCACAUUGUAUAAUUAUUCUUUUUUUUGUAACUCAAAACAAAGUAAGCAACAGAGUUCAUUUUUCAACAGUAGGUUUUUUUUAUUUCUUAACAGUUCUGAAGUUUACAGAUUAAACCUUGAGCAAGGACGAUUUUUGAACUCUCUACAGACUAGUGCUGUGUAAGUACCCAUUUACAAUUAAUUAUAUGUGCUGUAUUACAUCUAGACAGUAUUACAAUGUAUUUAGUAAAAAUAAUACUUCUAAACUUUUUUUUUUUUAUUUCAGGGAAAUAAACACUUGUGAUAUUAAUCCAGUUCAUCAGCUUUUUGCUGCAGGAACAGCAGAGGUACUUGUAGUCUUUUUUGAUGACUUCAUCUUGAUAAAAUAAUAAAUAAAUUGUGUCAAAAAAACUUGGCAAAUGUACACUUGUAUAGCCAUCUAAAAAAUAACAAGCUUGGUCAUUAAGGCAAAUGCAGUCAAGUCUUAACUGGUAAUCACGCUCAUUCUGAUUUGGUUUAAAAGAACUCUUCACCCUGCAAAAGUUAGCUAGAAAAGUUGUCCUUGACUAUUAAAACUGAUGACGUCACAAGUUGUAGAAGGGACGAAGUUUUUCACGGGCAGCAGUUCAGUAGCCUCCCCCGCAGGCGUUUUUAGGGGAGAUCGUAUUUCUUCCCUAAAAAUACGAUCUCCCCUAAAAACGCCUGCGGGGGAGGCUAGUAGUUCAGGGGCAAAUAGUUUAACCAAUACUAAAUUAUUUCUUCCACACAACUAGCAGUACAGCGGUAUAUAUUUCAUGUCAAACAGUUUUUUUAGGGCAAAAACUAUCCCCAAAUUAGCCAUUAUAAAAAACUAAGAGUGUUUUCUCUUCUCCUUCUUUAAUUUUUUGCUCCUUUCUUUUUCUUUUUCUCCUUUCCUUUUUUCUUUUGCUGGUGCCAUUUUGAGAUUAUUGGGCGUGAAAAAAUACCCUGACUUUUGGCCCUUUUUUACUAAAGUGACUGCAAAUUUUGUUAGGUUUAAGAAAUAUUGGCUAGAUCGAUACAUAUUUUAAAAAGUUACCUUGUAACUAGGGGUUUCCAUUCUUAAUAACUUACACUGAAUGUAUUUUCAUUGUUUCAGGGCCAUGUAGAAUGCUGGGAUCCUCGAUCCCGUAGCCGGGUUGGUGUUUUGGAUGUUGGAAUGAGUGGACUUGACUUCCAGAGGUACAGAAAACUAGAAAUGCAUUUACGUGUACAUUGUAUCUCGGUAUGUCUCCAUGAUUCUCAAUCUGGGAUCAAGAGGGUUAAACGUGUUAUCCUCUUGGCUUGCAGAGUCCUUUCUAAGGAAUGCCUGCUUCAAAGUAGCCAAUUUGUUUUACUUCAUUGGCAAAUAUUUCCCUCCCUGAUAUCUUGGCGUUCAAUACCCAGUUGAUACUCCGAAUUUCAAGUGACGGUGAUGAUCCAAGGAUUUUUUUGGGUGUGAAAUUUUCGAUUCCGGUAUUUUUUUGAGUAGGAAAUUUUGGCAAGUAUUUUUUUGGGUGGUCUAAUUUAAUAAGGAUCGAUUUAGAGAUACAUUUUAAAACAAAAGUGAACGGUCAAUGAAAGAAACGUGUCGUUUCGAUGGCUUCAAGUCAUCAUUGUCAAAAGAUAAGAAAAUCAGUUAACAUGAUUUGUGGAGAUAUAAAUUAUAUUAUAGAAAAAGAAAGUGCGAAAAGUGCAAGUAAAUGUAAGCGUGGAAAUGGACAAAUAACAAUUAAAUAAAGAGCAGAAAGAGUUUCGCACGAGUGGAGUCCGAUUGAGUGUUUAGCGUGGGUCUUCUAUCUCGUAUGAUUAAAAUCUCGAAAAUCAGACACUCUAGCUUCCCUCGGCAUUUCUUGAGAAUUUUAAAGUUUCCACCACGGUUUUACCCGCUUUACUUCGUGUUUCUCCAUGAAAUGCUUGCCAACUACCGAAUGUUUUAAUAUGUUGCUCUACACGUUGAUGAAGGUGACGGCCGUGUAUCCUGCAAAUUAUUUGCAUCGCACAAAUCACACUCAAAUUCAUAUACAACAUUAAUUCUGGCUGUUUACAAGGGGCGGUUUUAAUUCCGUCUCGCGUAAGUCGUUAAUGAUCUUUUUACUAGUGAAAACUGGCUGCAAUUCAUAAUCGAUUUUCCUUCCGAGGUCGGAAAAGAACGGCUUGCAUUCUUCGGGUUUAUGCACCUAGAACUGCAAUUUACAUAGUAAGCUUAGAAGUACAUGUAGGAUGCCGAGCGAUUUUACAAACGAAACCCUGCACGUCACCAAAAUUAAUUUAUCUCGAUUAAUCACGGCUAAAGUCCCCCAUGAAAAGGUCCUUAAUAGAAUGAGCGACUAUCGAGCUUACUGCGUUGUUUACUUAGUUCCGGCCUGCACUGUAUUGACUGAAAAUCGAUACCGGUCAAUUAUUUACCAAUCAGACUAUCCAUACCAACUGCUCUCUUCCUCCCCUAGUUCCAGGCCUAAAGUCAAGUUUGUACUUGCAUGACUCUACAUGACUGUACAUGUGUAUUACAAUGUGUAACUGUAGUUAUAACAGACCUUUUUCUAAUGAUUAUUUCAGUUUGGACAAUGUUCCUGCUGUGACGGCACUCUUGUUCAGGGAUGGUCUGACCAUGGGAUUAGGAACCAGUACAGGACAUGUGAGUUCUAAAACCACACACCGCUUUCUGUUAUUGUACCAGGCUUGGACAAAAUUAUGCCUUUAUUUAAUUUCUUGUUUAAUUUUUGGCUGGGAUCAUGGUGGCCUAGCUUCUACCAAAAAGCACUCCCACAAUCUUAUCCUGCCAGCUUUGCGGCAGGCGAUUUGAAGCGUGUAAAACAAAUGUUUUGCCUUUUGUCAUCACACAAUCAGUUGUUAUUUUUGGCAGGUUCUACUGUAUGAUCUUCGCUCCACCAAGCCUUUGUUAAUUAAAGAUCACCAAUACGGUCUGCCGAUUAACAGCAUUGCAUUUCAAGACAAGCUUGGCGUUGUCUUAUCAGCUGAUUCUAAGAUUCUAAAAAUCUGGGACAGAGAAACAGUGAGUAUAGUUUCAUAUCAAAACUAAAACGGUUGAAGCUAACCACAACGGCCACGUUGGGGACAGACAAAAGUGGCCCUUUUGGAGAGGUGGCCGUUAUGGGGAGUUAGGGGGUGUAAAUAAGAAUUUUGUUUUAGGGAGUACAACAUGUUUAUUGCGACAAAACUUUGCUUAAAAACAUUUUAGGAAAUUAAAAAGAAAAAAAACAUGACGACGUUAAGACGUUCUCAGAGGUCAUUAUCAAGUCAAACGAAAAUAGCGUAUAUACUCAGAGUGAGUCCAUUAGUACGAAACUCUUUGUUUAACUUGUAGCAUAUUUGGACUCGUUACUUUUCUUUUUAAUCGUCUAUUAUAUUUUCCUGUAUGCGAGAACGUCGAAACGACGUCAUGUUUUUUAACGUUUUUUAAAACUUUCUCCGAAUGUUUUUAAGCAAAGUUUUAUCGCAAUUUUUUAUAGCCAGGGGAUGAAGGUGUUUUGCUUUUAAUUUUUUUUUUCACAUGAACAACUCUCUUAUCCCUUGAUUUUGUACAUGUAUGUCAUAGGGGAAACCAUUCACAUCAAUAGAACCAUCUACAGACAUAAACAAUUUGUGUCUUUAUCCUGAUUCAGGUGAGAACUGCCAUAACUUUAACAUUAGUACAUGUAAAGGGAAUAGUUAGAAGGUAUCAUUUGUGUUGUACUGGUUAUGUUGUACAUGUACGUAAAAUCGAUUUAAGGUUCAAUCACUUUUCAGCCUACCGUAUUUAUUCGAUUAACCACCCUGGGCGCUUAUUAAAUUUUUGGACCUUGAGAGUGGGCGCUUAUUCGAGGCUCGGCGCUUAUUAAAUUUUCACCAUUUUCAGCAAGUGAAGUAUGUUUAUUUUGCAACAAAACAAUAAAUGCUAAUAACAAAACGCGAAGUAACAAAGCAAGGUUUCUGUAAAAUACUCUGAAGAAAACUCCGUCCUUGGGGAAGUCUCUUAUUAGAAUUUAUUCACUCAAGUGGGUGGGGUGGGGGUGAGCGCUUAUUUGAGUUUGAUUGGGAGGAGGAGGGGGUGGGCGCUUAUUCGAGGCUGGGCGCUUAUUAACUUUUUCUGCCUUUAGGAUGGGCGCUUGUUCGAGGUGGGCGCUAAUUCGACGUUGAGCGCUUAUUCGAAUAAGUACGGUAGUUUGAUUUCAAAUUUCCCUUGUUUACGAGCCCUAAUUAUUCAUAGGAGAGAAAGGAAAUCCUGGUUUAACCUGAGAAAAGAUUUUACCCAGAACACUUACACUUUAAGUUUACCAGUAUGAGGUUACGUAACUGCCGUGGCAGUUUUGAUGUUUUCCUGUUUUUCUUGGUCAAGAAAGUUUGCUUUAAAGUAGUCUCUCAUAUCUCUCGAAGUGAAUUUAUAACUCAUAGUUCUAUCCUUCCUAUCAAGAUACUUUUCCUUGCGUCUAUGUCUAGUUUUUUGUCCAUGCAUCCUACAGCUGUACAUGGCCAUGUAUUAUGGCCGUACAUCAACAUGUGCCAUGUGCGUUGUCACUAUGACUUGUUUGUUUAGCUCAUUGUAUAUUGCAUCGUACUUUUUCGAUAGGUUUGGUGUUCAUGGCAACUGAAUCGCCCAAAAUGCUGGUCUACUAUAUCCCAGUAAGUCUAAACUAUAGUCCUUGUAAAUACUCAAGCUUUUUUUAUUUUCGAUACUGUUUCAGUGUAGCUCAGUCUUGAGGCUUUUAUUGCCCUAACAGGGCAAUUCAACUACAUACUAUAGAUUGAAAAUCCAACGGAAAUUUUGUUUAAACCUGUGAGUCCUGUUUAAAUGUGUCUUUGACGAAAAACAGGUAGAAAAGGAGGUUACUAAAAUCGGAAAUCUGGGUUUCAGAACCAUUUUUCCCUCGUUCUUUACGCUUCUUGCCGCUGCUUGUGAGCGAGAAGACCUCUAUCUAGCAUCCAGGAUAUGGCUGGUACGGUCGAAAACUUGACCGGCGCGGUGUGAACACCAUAACCGAAUAAAUUUUUAUACGAACAAGCUGCGGAUCAAAAUUUACAACACAACUUUUUGGUGAGUAUUUCUCAGUAUGUACAUAAUACAUGCAUGGAUACGCGGUAACUUAGUCGGAAGACACCAUUUAAAAUUUGCUGAAGUAACGCCACUGACAAAAGUUAAAGUUCACCCUAAUUCGUUCGUUCCGUGUGAACAGUGCAACAAUAUUGAAUGGUUCCAUGUGAACGAAGUGUUCGGUCAAAUUUUCAAGCCGUGUGAACGCUGCUGGAAGUGACAGGGUUGCAUGUGUGAAUGCAACAUACUAAUGUUUGCGUUGUUCCAGUCUCUUGGUCCAGCUCCGAGAUGGUGCUCAUUUCUGGACAACUUAACAGAAGAGUUAGAAGAAGACCAGCAGCCAACUGGUCAGUGAAUGUUCACUUAGCCUUGAAAUCGUCAUUUAUAGUAGGAUAACCCCAAUUCUUUCUGGAGCCGAGCGCAAACAAGAAUAGUUGCCGCCUCGCAAGCAGAUGGCAAGUUGGAACACAUAUUUUGGGGGCAGAAAUCCCCCCCCGCGCCCCCUACCUCUGGUCAAACAAGCUUAAAUCCUCCUUGCUGUCUGAGACCCAAAUCUCUGUCAGUGAGUUUAGACACUUACUCUGGUAAUAACGUUCCCUGGGAAAAUUAGGGCUAAUACAAAUUGAAAGCUCAUUGUUGCCGCAUGGAGUUGUUUUGACUUACGUUGUUUGGUCAUUGACCUGAUUUUUCUCCAGUCUUGUACUAAUUUUCUGCACAUACACGUUACUCGUCCACAAGGCCGAAUUUUAUGCCUUAAUGUUUGUUCUUUACCUUUCUUUACAGUUUAUGAUGACUACAAGUUUGUGACUAAGCAAGACCUGGAGAGUUUAGGUACAGUGAAGCAAUAGUAUGGAAUAGUUCUGAACUACUGACCGAUCGUUACAUCUAUUUUUAUUUCAAUUUUUAUUGUUAUUAACAUGGUCCAUGUAUUUCAUUAGGCAUUGCGACUGUGACACAGCUGUUAGCAGCUAUCAUUUCCAGUUUUGCCUUACAACAGCCGUGGUUAAAUGGCACCCUGGAAAACAAUUAAAUCACCUUUCUUCCGCCUCUUAAUGAAAUUCUUUGAGUGUGUCGAUUGGAAUAUUGCGUUUCUUGGCCGGCACCUGCACCGGCUUUAUUGGGGAGCCUAGCACAUCAUAGGUAUCCGCUACAAUUAGGAUCAUCCGCCGAGAAAAGCUGACUUUUCGCUCAAUAAGAUUGCAUUGUAUUCUAUUAACUUUUAAUAUUUUUGUAUCCUCUAGGUCUGUCACAUUUGAUGGGUACCAACCUAUUGCGGGCCUACAUGCACGGAUACUUUAUAGACAUGCGUCUCUAUCACAAGGUAAGCAUGGUAAUUCGUACUCGGAUAGUUUGAGUGUAGCUGCACACAUGUUAGAGUAUAGUCGUAUAAUUAUGCUGUCAGUUAUUCACUGACAGCACUUGGUUGAAGUUGACGUUGACGUGGACUGGAUGUUGAUGUUUCUUUUUAAAUUUCUUCACAGGCCAAAUCUAUAGCCGAACCUUUUGCAUUUGAAGAAUAUCGCAAGAAACGCAUCCAGGAUAAGAUUGAGGAGGAACGCGCCAACAGGGUCAAGCUAAAGGUAGGCAAAAUUAAGGUGUCAUUUACUAGUAUGUUUGUUUGAAAACGAUGCUAUAUUCGCAUUAUCUUGAGCGUUGGACACAGCUGGAAAGAGGUAUAUGUAAUCAGAUUGGAAACUGAUACUUACACUGCUUUUUGUCUUUUGCUAGAAACUUCCCAAAGUAAACAGAAACUUGGCGGAAAAACUGAUAGAAGAGAAGAGGGAUACUAAGAAACAUACGGUUUCGGUAUGUUAUUGUAAUCUGCGCUCUAUGUCUUCUUCUUCUUGUUUCGAGAAACCCCCACCUCCUUCAAAAAUGAAGAUUCUUGUGUCAAAGAGUGUGAGAGUAUAUGUAGAGUCAUGCACGUAGACGUGUGGGAUUACAUGUAGAUGUAGAUUACAUGUUUUCCGUUUUCAGUUGAUAUUUAAAAGGUACUUUUCAAUUGAUUUCAAAUGUUGACACCCCGGCAUAGUUUUUAAUAUUUUCAGAGUCGUUUGCAUUGCUGACUUGGGCCCCGUCCACACGUAUCCGUUUUUGUUUGAAAACCACGAAGAUUUUUUCCUCCGUUUUCAAAAAAAUACGGGUCCACACGUAGCGUAUUCGAAUAGUUUUAGCCCGUCCAUACGAAAACACUAAACAAUGGAAAUACGAUAGCACCCCUCACAGAGUAUGCAUUAUGCUAGUAGUAUGUAUAACAUCAUCGUAUUCGAAAACCUCCUUUUUCAUCCGUCCACACGUAAACGAGUGGCCAGCGUUUUCAAAAAUCUUCAUUCUGGGGAGCGUUUUGGAAAAGAUGCGUUUUUGGUGACCGUUUCCCCGAAUGCGUGUGGACGGUAGGCCAAACCGGAGGAAAAAAUCUCCGAUUUUAAACAAAAACGGAUACGUGUAGUCGGGGCCUGAGACUUUCAAGUAUUUACCUUGAUUAUUCCGACUUGUUUACUUGUCGCUUUGCUUUGUUUUUCAGUCUUCUGACGUCAGCAAUCCUUUGGGAGAUGACAGAUUCUCGGCCAUGUUUUUGAAUCCGGACUUCCAGGUGGACGAGGAAAGCGAGGUAAAGCAGAGUUGCAUUGCUCAAGUGUGGUGUAAUAUUUAUCAAGAUGCUCUCAAUGUAAGAAUGUUUUUGCGUCCUAGAAACUGAAAAGCUCUGAGAACGAUUAUGGCCGGCGCUAAAUUACCAUCCGACUAUGGUACGAUAAUGGAUAACAAAUUCAGAAAACCGAGAAAUAUUUCUCCCAAGAAUAGCCCAAUUCUGAGUUUUCUUAAUCCUCUUUCAAAACGUGGCCUGUUGCACAACCUGUCGUGGCAUACAUGUAUGAAAAUGAGCGUGAAUGAAAACUCAUCUUCAUAUAGAAGAGUGAGUUCCACGAGAGGCUUUUGAAAAUUAAUGAGGCCAAAGAUAUAUAUCGGCGAUAUCCUUUUGCUUGAUGCCUCUUUCAUGGGGCCAAGAUUCUACUCUGUUAAGAAAGGUCAAGAUAACUGGACACUCCUCCUUAACUUAGUAAGCUAACAAACGUCCCACACUUAAAAGGACAUACCUUUUCAGCAUUACCUUAGAGUCCUUAUUUUGUAAGACCUUCUUGAUCUUUUAUGUUACCUCUCAUCCGGUAGCCUGCGCGUAGAUGUCUCAUAUUUCCUCUGUGCACGCGUUUGCACCCGGAAAGUCAAUAAAAACCGUUACGUUGAUGGUAAAGUGGUAAAAAACACGUAAAACGUUUUCUUCACUCCUUAUUUUGUUUGGAGGGUGAAGGGAGACAGAUAUUUUGCCUCUUUAAUCUUACUAAUGUUAUUUGUCAAGGUAAAUUGAGACCCUUGACGAGUUUUAUGUAACUGCCAGUGAAAUUGUCCUUACAUUUUUUUUUUUUAAGGAAUACAAACUUCUUCAUCCAGUGGUUUCUAAGCAUGAGAGAGAAAAACAAAAGCGGCAGAAGGAAAAGCAGAAGUUACUGGAGCAGUUCGAUGAAAUAGAGGUGAAGGCUGGAAAAAAUAAAUGUCUUGAGUCCGAAAAAUCAACUCACUUCCUUGUAUCAAGGAAGAGUAAAAAUUAUUCUGCCUAACUAUUUUAAAGCAUUCCUAAAUGUUUCUGUGAACAUUACAAAAUUGAAAGUUUUGACAAAAAAUGAUAACUGAAGAUUUGUUAAGCAACCAUUAUCCUUGAAGCAGCCCUAAUACCAGCGUUUAUGCUCUCCGCACCAUUCUCCAUAUUUUAAAUCUAGAUAUUUUGUCUGAUUAAGCUGUUUUAGUGAAAGGAGAAAUUAGAUUCUGGUCAGUGUUAGGUUUACUAAUUAAAUAAUCCCGGAACUCUCACUACUGGUCACUGGACCUCAUGCUUCGAAACUACAAUAAGAUUUUCUUAUUAUAUAGGAGAAUCCUGUUGCGUUUCAUUUUUGCUGAUAAGAAUUCGAAAUAUUGAGACGUCGUCCUAUAUAAAAGUUAAGGUCAAAAGUUGAAAGAGCUCGUCAACUUGAACAAUUUGUGUAAUUUUCAGCUCUUUCAAGCAAUAUCAAAGAAAAUAGCACCCAUCGAAAACUUCGAAAUUGCUGUUUGGUAAAAACAUUAAAGAGCUCAUAUAUUUCUGUAAAAUUUCGAGUUUUAAAGAGAGUAUCUCCAAACUAUUCGGUAUUUUGGGCUAAAAGUUUCAGAAGCAACUAGUAUGGUUAUGCCCUUUAAAUAUUCAAUCUUUUUUUGGUAAUAGCUUGAUCAGAGAAUUAUGAGAUUAUAUGUAAAUGAGCCAAGGAGUGUAAACCCAUAGGAACCGGAAGGUAUCCCUAGUGAGGAGGAAGAAAGCAGCAGCUCAGAAGACGAGAGGGAAUGGCGGGAGGAACUCAAGAGACAGCGUAAAGAAGCUAGAGUAAAUGAAGAGAAACAAGCUGCCAGCAAACCAAAGUUUUACGAAUUAAAAUCAGGCGAAAACUUUAAAACCAUUAAGUCUACCAAAGACGUACUGACCUCGAAACAAAAGAAGUAAGUUAAUAUGACACAGGAAUUUUUAGCCAAAUCGCGGAUCCCGGGUAUAUUCUUCCAGACCCUGAUUAGACGAUCCUGCCUCCCAAUAAAUGGCGGACGAAUAUAUUUCUCACCUGAUCAAUAAGUAAGUCAAUCAAAAUAUUUAAAGUCAUUGCUUGGGACUGAGGUUGCCCUCAGUAUCCGAGCCAGGGACUCCUGUAUGAAACGCAUGACAAAAUGUCGUAUCCGGAACUCGUCUUAGUGAUAAAGUCUGGGUACGAGAUUUAUUUUUCACGUCGCGUUUUGUGAUCUCGCCGUCCCGGUUAACAUGUGUGAGAUGCAAACGAAAACUCAAAUCUAGUGCAACUGGGAGGAAGCAGCAACGCAAGAACCGGAAAAAAUUCCAUUUUCUUACGUUUGUUGUCUUGCGCUUGAGUUUUGGACACGCGUGUGAACCAGUUUCUUAUGAACAGUUAAGAAACUUAGAUCAUUUGCAAUUAUUUAUCAUCUGUUUACCUUUUAAUCGAAAUAGCAAUCUGAUACUAAGGUCGCUGUGAACACUUAGUUAGCCCUGUCAUAUUAUGUUCGGUAUUAAUUCUUAGUGCGUAAAAUUCAAUUUCCUACAAAGUUAAAACGGGAACGUUUUGUUUUUUGUGUGUAGGGUAUCCCUUGGUGAACGUCUUCAGCAUGAAGAGAGUUCGGGUGUGAUCCGGUCAGCAGGUUCAUCCUCGGGUGAAAAGGAGAUUACUUUUCAAGUAGAGAAGGUAAAAAAAGGACAUCAAUUUAACGUUACUGGUUUAACCAAUUUUUAUAAAGAUUCUCUUAAAGAUUGAAAUGUACUUGCUUAACCUUGUACCUAAUGAAAAAAGUCAUUUUAAAUUAUUGUUUUGUAUGGAGAAGACAAAUACAAAUUGCAGCAGUAUUUUAGGAUACUGUAGGAGUUUAUUACCGUUAAAUGAAGAAGGGCGUGAUUGAUGCUCUCUUGAAUUCACUGGUAUUUUUUACUGUCGUCCUUGAAUUUAUUGUGGCGUGGGGUAAUAGUGUGAACGUAAUAUCCUGAGCGAUCAUGGUUACUUUUUGAUAAAGGCCAGAGUUUAACCGAGACUUGGUCUGAAACAGCUUUUAAUGCGUAAUUUUAAUAAGAAAUAAUGAAAUUAUUGUUUUCUAACUACAUGCAAUCACGUUUUCUUUUUCCCGCCAUGCAUCACGCGUCGAAAUAAGCGACUCUAUUGCAUUCAUCACAAUUUUUGUUUUCUUUGUAGAGUAACAAAGAGACAAGGAGAGAUGAAGAAAUUCGUGCUCAUGUCAAGGAAAGGAAAAAGCUUCGUAGAUCAGCCAGCAGUGUUCUGGGGAAUGAGAAACGAAAACCGGUGUUCUGGAGAGGGAGGAGGGUUAGAUGACACGAAGCUGGGGGCACAGUGGAAUUGAUAAACUUGUACUCUUCUGGGAAAAGAAAACCGGUCGGGUGU